UGUGAGCUAACCUUGUCCUUUUUCUUUUCAGUCCAUGCAUAUGGAAAUGGAAUCCUCACUACUCUCUAUUGAAACUCUAGUUAAGAAGAUCAAAAAAGAGAUGUUCUCAAACUUUGAUCUUUACUCAUUUGUUUCCAAAUCUGCCUAUGACACAGCAUGGUUAGCCAUGAUUCCAAACAUCCAACACUGUGAUCAUCCCAUGUUCAGGGGUUGUUUGGAUUGGGUAUUAAGAAACCAGAAAGAAGAAGGGUUUUGGGGAGAGUCCGAUAGCAAUGGUGUUCCCACCAUUGAUAGCCUUCCUGCGACUCUUGCUUCCAUGGUUGCACUAAAAAAGUGGAAUGUUGGAGAUACAAAUAUAAAGAAAGGGUUGGCAUUUGUUCAUGAAAAUGCAGAGAUGCUUCUUAAAGAAAAACAACACUUUCUUCCUCGUUGGUUUGCCAUUGUUUUUCCACCAAUGGUGGAACUUGCCCAAGAAACAGGUUUUGAUGUUGCUGACAACCUAAAUGGAGUAUUGUCCCAUGGGUUCUACAAGAGGCAACAAAUUCUUAAAAUAGAAGAACUUGUAGAUGACUAUCACUAUCCUCCAUUAUUAUCUUAUCUUGAAGCGUUGUCAACAACAUGUGAUAUUGAUCGAGAAGUUAUAGCGAAGUACUUGAGCGAAGAUGGCUCUUUGUUUCAAUCACCAUCUGCGACAGCUCAGGCAUUCAUGGUUACAGGAGAUGAUAAGUGCAAGGACUAUUUACUAUCUCUUGUUCAAAGAUGUCCUUAUGGAGUUCCAGCAAUGUAUCCCAUGGAUGAAGAGCUUAUAAAACUUUGCAUGGUUAAUCAAAUGCAACAGUUAGGAUUGGCUGAGUAUUUUAAUGAAGAGAUUGAAGAAAUUUUGUCAGAGGUUUAUUGGACAUACGAGAAGCAUGAGGCAGAGAUGAGAAAUGUUAAUUUAAAUCCUCAAAAGAUAUACAAAGACUCUUUAGCAUUUCGGCUCUUGCGGAUGCAUGGGUAUAAAGUGACUCCAUGGAGCUUCUGUUGGUUUGUACAUCAUGAAGACAUCUUGACUUACAUUGAAAAUAACAGUGGAUGUUUCAUGAGUGCAAUGAUCAGUGUUUAUAGAGCUACUGAUCUUAUGUUUUCAGGAGAGUAUGAAUUAAAGGAGGCAAGAUCAUUUUCAAGGAAAUUACUUGAGAAAAAUAUGGUGCCAGGAUGUGAAGAAGAUAAUCUUGUUAUGAUCCCAAACCUUCAGGAAGUGGCUGAGCACGAGCUAAGUCUUCCAUGGAUUGCUAGAAUGGAUCAUCUUGAUCAUAGGUUUUGGAUUGAAGCAAACAAUGUUGAUGCUCUUUGGGUUGCAAAGGCCUCCUUCUAUAGGUUAUCGUGUCUUCAAAACAAGAACCUAAUGAAGCUAGCUGUGGAAAACUACAAGUUUCGGCAAUCAAUCUACCAGAACGAAUUGGAAGAAUUGAAAAGGUGGUCAAAGGAACGAGGUCUUAGCGAUAUGGGGUUUGGAAGGGAGAAAACUACCUAUUGUUAUUUCGCGGUGGCUGCUAGUAGUACUCUGCCACAUGAUUCUGUUGUUCGACUAUUAGUUGCAAAGAGCGGAAUACUUAUAACAGUUGCAGAUGAUUUUUUUGAUAUGGAAGGUUCUAUAAAGGAGUUACAAUGCUUAACUGAAGCAAUUCAAAGAUGGGAUGGAAAAGGUUUAAUUGGCCAUGCUAAGAUUAUCUUUGAUGCACUUGAUGAUCUUGUGAGUGACACGGCGAAGAAACACCUCCAUCAAGAAGGAAGUGACAUAACUGAAAAUCUUCAAGACAUUUGGCGAGAAACAUUUGCCUCAUGGAUGGUGGAAGCUACAUGGAGCAGCACCGGAUAUAUGCCAUCAUUGCAUGAAUAUCUGGACACUGGCAUGACCUCUAUCGCUGCCCAUACCAUGGUUCUACCGGCUUCAUGUUUCUUAAACCCGAAAUUACCAAAUCACAAACUCAAAUGCUGCCAGUACGAAACCAUUACAAAAUUACUCAUGGCUACAACACGAUUGCUGAAUGACAUUCAAAGCUACGAGAGAGAGAAGCUAGAUGGGAAAACGAACCUUGUAUUGCUCCACUUGAAUAGGUCUCGACAAGGAGAGAUUGAAGAUUCGAUUGCAUAUGCUAAUGAGAUAUUGGAUGAAAAGAAGAGAGAGUUACUCAAACUCGCUUUGAUAGAUGACUUAAAUGAUUUGCCUAAACCAUGCAAGCUUCUCCACUUAUCAUGUCUAAAAGUCUUUCAAAUGUUUUUCUACUCUACCAAUCUAUUCGACUCCAACACGGAUCUACUUCAUGAUAUAAAGAAAGCGAUUUAUAUUCCUCCAGAAUAUCAAAUUCAUAAACCCUUGAAGCCUCUACUCCCAUUAUUUCCUUCCAAACUGGAGAAGAAAUAUUCAAAAACUCAGUCUCAUUUGAUCAGAACUUUCAAAUAUCAAAGCACAAGAAAUUUCAUUGGACAACACUUUACAAGGACUACUUCUAGAGUUGGGUACGAGAAAAUGGUCAUUUCACCAAAAUUCAAGUUGUGCUUUGCAUGAAUUAGUUCAUUAUUGAACUUCCUACAUAUUCAUUGCAGUUUUUGAGAUAUAUAGCUUAUGAUUGUACUUGUAUCACUAUUGUGCAAUAUAGCACGAGUUAGUGAAAAUAAGAGUUCAUGUAUUCUACCAUAAUUUGGGAUGUGAUACUCUCCAAUAUAUGAUAAGUUAACC